ACCAUUUAGUGGAACGGCCAGUCAUGUCAACCCUUGCAUGUCCACAAGCUAUCGAUGCCUCGCAAAAACUGGAUAUUAUUUCUACAAAUCCUACUUAUAUUCUACGCUUUUGAUCGAGUGGCAUUCGGUAUCGAAGAAAAAAAAAUUACUGAUGAAAUAAAACAUCGCCUAAUGAGCGCCCUCUCAGAGGCGGGAUAUACCAUAAAAUCCCUAGGAUCCGUGGGCGAGACCAUUGGCGAUGCUAUCAGCCAUGGCAGUCGUCUACCAAAAUCCGUUUAUGAUAUCUUUGGUUCUCUGUUCGAAGAAGGGGAACUGGAGGCAGAAUUGGAAAAGCAGACACCAGUCUGUGGGGCAUUGCAAUUUAAAUGUAAAUUUGACAACAUUUUUGGCUAGUAAUUGAAUGAAAAAAUAAGGAUAAUCAGGGGGAGGGUAAAAAUGCUACGAUUAAAUUUUUUAUUCUGAUUUUUGAAGGAUAUAUAGAAAAAAAAAGAAGUUGUUUUGUUCAAUAAUUAAAAA